UUUUCCUUUUAUCCUUGUUAUUUCAAACUUUCUGGGAAGUUUUUACCUGAAGCUGCCAUUCAGGGAGUUUAAGGAGGCAUUGUUACAGAUCAAGAAGAUGGAGUUUCACUGUGUCAGCCAGGAUGGUCUCGAUCUCCUGACCUCGUGAUCCGCCCGCCUUGGCCUUCCAAAGUGCCGGGAUUACAGCGAUGUGCAUUUUGUAAGCACUUUGGGGCCACUAUCAAAUGCUGUGAAGAGAAAUGUACCCAGAUGUAUCAUUAUCCUUGUGCUGCAGGAGCCGGCUCCUUUCAGGAUUUCAGUCACAUCUUCCUGCUUUGUCCAGAACACAUUGACCAAGCUCCUGAAAGAUCGAAGGAAGAUGCAAACUGUGCAGUGUGCGACAGCCCGGGAGACCUCUUAGAUCAGUUCUUUUGUAUUACUUGUGGUCAGCACUAUCAUGGAAUGUGCCUGGAUAUAGCGGUUACUCCAUUAAAACGUGCAGGUUGGCAAUGUCCUGAGUGCAAAGUGUGCCAUAACUGCAAACAGUCGGGAGAAGAUAGCAAGAUGCUAGUGUGUGACACGUGUGACAAAGGGUAUCAUACUUUUUGUCUUCAACGAAUUAUGAAAUCUGUACCAACCAAUGGCUGGAAAUGCAAAUAUCAUCCCAACAUACAGUGAAUACCGAAUUGGAAAAACAGAUUUCUAAUGAGGUUGAUAGUGAAGAAAUGAAAAUGUCUUCUGAAGUGAAGCAUAUUUGUGGUGAAGAUCAAAUUGAAGAUAAAAUGGAAGUGACAGAAAACAUUGAAGUCGUUACACACCAGAUCACUGUGAAGCAAGAGCAACUGCAGUUGUUAGAGGAACCUAAAACAGUGGUAUCCAAAGAAGAAUCAAGGCCUCCAAAAUUAGUCAUUGAAUCUGUCACUCUUCCACUAGAAACCUUACUGUCCCCACAUGAGGAAAGCACUUCAUUAUGUCAUGAGGAACAGUUGGUUAUAGAAAGGCUACAAGGAGAAAAGGAACAGAAAGAAAAUUCUGAACUUUCUACUGGAUUGAUGGACUCUGAAAUGACUCCUAAAAUUGAGGGUUGUUUGAAAGAUGUUUCAUACCAAGGAGGCAAAUCUAUAAAGUUAUCAUCUGAGACAGAGUCAUCAUUUUCAUCAUCAGCAGACAUAAGCAAGGCAGAUGUGUCUUCCUCCCCAACACCUUCUUCAGACUUGCCUUCACAUGACAUGCUGCAUAAUUACACUUCAGCUCUUAGUUCCUCUGCUGGAAACAUCAUGCCAACAACUUACAUCUCAGUCACUCCAAAAAUUGGCAUGGGUAAACCAGCUAUUACUAAGAGAAAAUUUUCUCCUGGUAGACCUCGGUCCAAACAGGUAGGGUGAUUUUAAUGAUGUUGACAGAAAAGACAUUGGAACAAUUCUAUAAAAUCAGAAGGUAUAUGUGUAGUUUUGGUGUGGAUGGCAACUUUUUCUGUCUUCAGAUAGAACUUCAGUGUAAUGUUGAUUAUGUGUUUCAGCCAUUAUUUUUUAAAAGCUGUUAAUGAAGAAUGCCAUUUAUUAAAUUUGAAGGGAUCUUAUUUGGAAUUUCAACUCAGUUGGGCCAUAAAGAUUCAACCUAUUGAUAAUAGUUUCUAAUAGAAAGAACUUUAAAAAUUCUUUUAGUUCUGUGCCGCAGUAAAUAUAGAGCCUAAAAUACAUAUAGUUUUGGGUAUACAUAACUAACAUCUAUUAUUUCCUUCUAAUACAUUUAUUUAUUGAUAUUAUUCAUUGUAUAUAUUUUUAACUGGAUAAACAUCAACAUUUAUGACAGGAAUUUUCCAUGCUGGGGAAUUUCUCAUUUUGGUGUUUUUAUUAAUUGCUAACUCUUGUGGGAUUUCUUUUUUCAAGUAGGACUUAUUUCAAUAGUUUCAUGGAAAAAAUCUUAGAAUUGUACUAUUGAUUUUCAGUAAGUAAAGAUAAAUCUUCCUGUGUGUGCUUUACAUCAUGUACAUUCUACCCUUUAAGAAUGAGUUCCAUUUCUUUUUAAGUGAGAUUUAAAUAAAACUGCAUGGCAAAAUGAGGAUACUAUAGGUAUGAAUUAUUUAUUGUUUUACAAAUUUGCUACUUUCUGAAGUGUUUUUUAAAAUUGCAAGAUAGAUAGUGGAGAAGUGUUAAUUCACAAUAGUAAUUUGGAGUUUUAAGUUUCAUGAUUGAAAUUGCUUCAAGUUAAGUUUUAAGUUUCAUGAUUUAAAUGGAUUAAAGUUUGGCUUUUUAUAGGAAUAAUAUCUUGAUUUUAAUCGUAUAAUUUUUAAACUGUAAGGCCAGGCUUUUAAGAAAAUCAUUUUUUAAUGUGAAAAUUAGUCUCCUGUAUAUCAAACCCAGAUAUAUUUUAUUCUCUAAAGACAAGGUACACGAAAGGGAAAGUAGUUGUCAGAUGGGAUUUAGCUGUUUCUGCAUGGCAAAGACGUGUGCAGUAAAACUAGGCCACUCUUUAUAUAUGCCUUUUUCUAAGUAUUUUCCUUGACAGUUAUUUCUGCUCUACCAUGAAAAGUUUUUCUUCUCAAACCAGUUGUUCUCCUUUCCAGUAAGUUUUUGUUUUGUUUUGAACAGUUAUAUAAUAAUUAUGUCGUUCUGACUCUGAAAAGACUUUAGCAAUGGAAAUUUGAAUCUCAAAUUUACUUUUGGUUGAUAUAUUUACAUUCUUUAAAGAUACUGCUUCAUAUGUAUUCCUGUUAAAUUUUAUGUAUCUCUCCUUCCUUGAAGACUUUUGUUUCAAUUGAGAAACCAGGUUCAAUACAUUAGGACUCUGUUUCUGUAGAUUUUAUAUUCUGAAAUAUUGGGGAGCGGGGUGUAUUUCCAGGCUUAUUCCAUCUUAUAUGAGCCAUGUCCUAGUAUUUUGCUGAGCUGUCUUUGAAUUCCCAAAUCCGAUGAUAAUCUUUCUAUUUUUCUGCCCCUCUUGUUACUACUUCAUCAUUUGCUGCUAAUCUUGUAAGCAUUUUGUAGGCUGUGUUUUCCCUCCCUCCAGCUUUCUAGUUUUCCAAUCUUGGUUUUGGUUAUCUAGCAAACAGCCUUCACUUGAUGAUGAACCUGCUAGUAUAGUGCUGUUAUUAGGGAGAGUAUGAAUUGAAUAGUACAAGAUAGAUCUUCCAUUGGUGAGGCACUGGGACCAUAACUUGCAGGAAAUAUUCUACAGUUAGCAGGAAUGUGUACAUACAUGUAUUAGAAAUACUGAAGUUCAGUAUUCUGUUACAUGAAUUUCUUUGAUAUUAGGCAUUUCUGUAUUAUACUUCUUUUUUUUAUUUACUGUUGCUUCUACAUAUUCUUCACAUUGGGGACUGGCUGUAAAAUAAGCUGCAUUUUCCUGGCUGUGAUUGUGAUGUAAGCAAGAUUCUUUGGUUUCCAGCUAUUUUUUGUUAACGUCACUGGCAUUUUCAUAUUUUGUUGAACAUUACCAAUUCUUUGGUCUUUACCAGUACAAUAAAUACUAACCAAAGAAAUGUAGAUUUACCUUAAGUUCUGUUUCAU